AAUUAUUAAAACAACACAAACUAACUGUGCUUCCGACAUUAUCUUUCAAGUUCAUUUAACAUGAAAGGAUAUUUUGGAGGUAUUUUUGCAUUAUGUCUUGUCUGUUGUGUUGCGACACAGCAAUGUUCCAAAUAUCAUUAUGAGGAGCAAAUUUUAUCAAAGGUUGUCCGACUGGAACACAGACUAGAAAUGCUGGAGGAAAAAGUCAGUAAAGAAGGCAACAUUGACAUGGAAAAUAAAGAUCGUGCGCAAUGCGCAGAUGGAUGGAUCAAAUACAAAAGUUCAUUUUACUUGAUUACGGAGAAAAAACUUACUUUUGAUAAAGCACGAGCCAAUUGUCUCAAAUUUCAUGCUGAUUUAGUCCAUAUAGAAAACGCAGAUGAAAACACGUUCCUAAAAAACCAUCUGAGUACAUUAAAAGGUUUUGAUUUUUGGGUUGGACUCACAGAUGCUGACACAGAAGGUGUAUUCAAAUGGGUUGAUGACAACACGGAGGCAUCUUUUACGGAUUGGAGUGUGGGUCAACCUGAUGAUGGUAGGGGAUAUGAAGACUGUGCAUUCUUUAAAGCAAGUUACAAUCUUAAAUGGAAUGACGGAGGGUGCCAUUAUCAUUCACAGUCUAUUUGUGAAAUGAAAAUAAAAGUUAAAGAAAAUAAAUAAAAACAAAACAAUAACUAAAACCACUUUAACUCAGAAUUAAGUUAUUACAUGCUUUGUUUACAUUUGUAAUCGCAUAUUGAAUAAUUUUAAACAGUUUAGAUACACGACGCAAAAAAGAUAUUUUCAAUUAUUCUGUGCUUGUAUUGAUUGGCUCAUGUUUUGCUCUAGAAGUCCUUACUUGAAUGUCAAGGAAAAAUUCAAAUGUAUUACAGGAUUCUAUAAUAAUAUAGAAUUUUAUAUCGAUACAGUAAACCAUGCGUUAGAAGGCCAUCA